UCUCACGCCCGGGACGCGCCGCCGCCGCCGCCUGCUCCCGUUCGCAGGGUCGCAGCCGGAUCAUGGACCCCGCGGAGCCCCGGGAGCCCCGCGAGCCCAAGCCAGGGGCAGAGACCGCGGCGGCCCCGCGAUGGGAGGAAACCAAGACUUUCUACGACAACCUCGCCCCCAAGAAGAAACCCAAAUCGUGCCCAGAGAAGCUGGCACGUGCGACCUGCCUCAGGGAGUGUAACAGCCCUCCUCCUGCACCUGCACAGCCCAAGCCUCAGAACGCUGUCACCAUCGCUGUGUCCUCCCGAGCCUUGUUCCGCAUGGAUGAGGAGCAGCGCAUCUACACGGAGCAGGGCGUGGAGGAGUACGUGCGCUACCAGCUGGAACACGAGAACGAGCCCUUCAGCCCCGGGCCGGCCUUCCCCUUUGUGAAGGCUCUGGAGGCUGUGAACAAGCGGCUGCGGGAACUGUACCCCGAUAGUGAGGACAUCUUUGACAUCGUCCUCGUGACCAACAACCACGCUCAAGUGGGAGUCCGCCUCAUCAACAGUAUCAACCACUAUGACCUGUUCAUUGAGCGGUUCUGCAUGACAGGUGGGAAUAGCCCCAUCUGCUACCUCAAGGCCUAUCACACCAACCUCUACCUGUCGGCUGAUGCAGAAAAAGUACAGGAAGCCAUUGAUGAAGGGAUUGCAGCCGCCACCAUCUUCAGCCCCAGCAGGGACGUGGCCGUGUCCCAGAGUCAGCUGCGCGUGGCCUUCGAUGGGGAUGCUGUGCUCUUCUCCGAUGAGUCAGAGCGCAUCGUCAAGGCCCACGGGCUGGACAGGUUCUUCGAACACGAGAAGGCCCACGAGAACAAACCUUUGGCUCAGGGCCCCUUGAAGGGCUUUCUAGAGGCGCUGGGUAGGCUGCAGAAGAAGUUCUAUUCCAAGGGCCUGCGGCUGGAGUGUCCAAUCCGCACCUACUUGGUGACGGCCCGCAGCGCAGCCAGUUCCGGGGCCCGGGCUCUCAAGACCCUGCGCAGCUGGGGCCUGGAAACGGACGAGGCCCUGUUCCUUGCGGGAGCGCCCAAGGGCCCCCUCCUGGAGAAGAUCCGCCCACAUAUCUUCUUUGAUGACCAGAUGUUCCAUGUGGCCGGGGCUCAGGAGAUGGGCACAGUGGCCGCCCAUGUGCCUUACGGGGUGGCACAGACCCGCCAGCAGGCUGCCCCGGUGAAGCAGAGCCCGUCCACACAGUAGCCACGCUGCCGGCUCCAGGCACAGCUCCCUGUCACACUUCAUCAUGUCAUCCAGCAAACCCUUCUAGUUCCUCACCACUCUUUCUGCACGAUGGCUCCCCUCACCGUGAGCGAGGGCCUUGCGGGGAGUGGUGCAGACUGAGCUGGCCUUCUCACCAGCCCCCCUUCCGGGCAAACACUGUGCCAUGAUUCUGGCUGAGGAGAGGAAGACUGCGGAGUAGCUGGGCUGCAGAGAAAGUUGAGGGGACGAGGGUGGCAGGUCAGAGGGGCCAGGGAGGGGCCUGGUCAGAGGAGCCAGGUCAGAAGGGAAGGGGCCUGGGGUGAAAACCAGCUCAGUGCGACGCAAGCAGCAUGGCUUUGAGAGAGAAGGCAUGUGGCUUCUAGGCUCCGUGUCCUGGCCUCAGCUGUCUGGCUUUGGUAAGUCCCUCCCUUCCACGGCUCUCAGUUCCCCCAUUUUGCAGGUGGUUUUCUAAGUCUCCUUUAGCUCAAGAAGCUUGAUUUAAUAAGAUCGCCCUGUCCCAGGGCUGCUGCUAGUCCGUAUGGUAUCUUUGUGCAGUUAGAGAAGAGCGCUGUCUCUAGAAUGAAUUUCCUCUGGGCUGGCCCAGACCCACAUGGGGGUAGUUGGCUUGCUCGGCAGCAUGUAGCCUGUUUUUCAGCCCCCACUGGCUCCUCAGGCCAGAGGCCUUUGUCAGACAGGCAAAAUGCACAAUUGUCUGCAGCAACCCUACCUCUAAUUCCACGCAUUUGGAAACCACUGGACAAGAUGACCCGUCUGCCCCCUGGGACCCUCUACUCGGAGUCAUCCACCAGGGAUCCGCCGAGGGGGGCAGGGUUUGUGGAAGGAGAGAGAAGCCCAUUGAGCCUGCACACAAACUCUCCUUCCACCAGCAGGGGGCACUGCAAGCUCUCCCCUGGGGAGAGCUGUAGUGGCAGCCUGCUCCACGCUCCCUUUGCUUUUGCUUUCAGCCAAAUUUCCGUUGUUCCUGACUGCCAACCCCCUCAGCUCAGCCCUCAGUCCCUCAGUGGUCACAUCCUGCUGUCCUGCCAAGCAGCUCCACCAGUGGGGGAAGAGGUGGGGCUUGGGGUUCACUGUUGUGGACCCAAAUGCAGAGGCAGAUUGCUCAGGGGCUAAAGUGGGAGGUAGUCCUGCCUGCUCGGGAUGGAAGCCUCCCCCACCUCCCCCCGGGUGAUGUGGGAAGGUCUGGUCUGAGACAGUGACCAGUUAGGAAAGAGCUGACGUGUGCACUAGGAAGAUUCUCCAGGUAUGGGAUUGCAAGUGGAAGUACUGAGCUCUCUGUCCCUGGGACGCUGUGCAAGGGACUCCAGGAUACAGUGACCUCCCCACUCCCUGCAGCACACUGGUGGAUCCUCUACCGUUGCAGGAGCCUCUGCAGCCCUUUUGUCACCACUUUUAGGGGAGAACUCUCACUCCUUGAUGAGUCAGCCUCCUCCUUUGCUGACGAACCUGGCUCUCUCUAUGAAGGGAGGGUGGGGACACUGAGAGCUGCUCGCUCAGGAAGACCCAGAAAGGGUGAACAGCUGUCUGUGUGAGCCACUGAUUGCCUAGCUCCCAGAAGAAUCCCAGCUGUGAGCAAGCACAUUGUGAAGAAAGCCUAAGGAGACACCAUCAUAGGGACAGGAGCCUGGAGGGGUGUGCAGGAAAGCUGGACGUCUUAUGAAGGUGGGAAAAGGAGUGGGGGAGGGCCACGUGGGGUAAUAGUUGCAGAAAGAUAAUCCAGGAUGGAGUAAAAAGUAAGAAGACAGAGGUGGUUCUCAAAAUGUGCAACAGUUGGGGCCAGAAGAGAAGUGCUGGGUCUGGUUUUCACUCUGUGUUGAAGGCUGCAGGGGAGCAGGGGAUGGGGGGUGGGGGGUAGGUCUAGAUCAUGCUAAGUGCCUGGGGCGGAACCCCUGCACCCCCCCCCCCCAUGACUGCCUUAUCACAAGAAGGGCAGGGCAGAGGGCCUGGUUUUUGAGCUCCUCCCUCUGCUCCAAGCCUGGCCAGAGAUAGCAAGACCUAAGAACAGCCUGCAGGAAAGAAAGUGAGAGAGGGAGUCAUCUUUGACCUUGGCUGGACCACAAAGGGCCCUCUGUCCUCCCCCAAGCAGAAUCGCCCCCUUGAAUGAGCCUCUAGGGCUCACAGAGCCAACCACAGCCAUAAGCAGCCUGCAAAGUUGGGCACAGCUGAGGUUCGUGGAACAGUAUCAGGCUGUGUGACCAGGGCAGACACGUAUAUUAGGUACCAGAUGGCGUCUAAUUAAGAUAAACCCCAGGGAUUCUGGAAACCAAAAGGCACUGCCUCCAGGACCUAGCGAUAAACAGCUCUGAUUCUUCUAGGUCUCUCAGGAAGCAGAAAAAUAUGAUGCUGGAAGCAGAACGAUAAGGUGCAGUAAAAGCUGUGGCCACCACUGGAGCCACCAGUAAUAGACACAGACAGCCCUGGGCAGUGAGCGACACGAGGGUCCAAUUCUAUUAUUAAAACCAUAAAUGAGCAUCUCAGGCCUGGAAAGCAGCCUCCAGUGGCUAGAGUAAAAGGCCAGAAUCUUGGGGGCAGGCCAGGCAGCAGCCAGACACACCGUCUGAUUGUUUCAAGUGGCGAGGAGGAGCCCCAGGGCAAGGAGCAUUGUUGAUUGUCUCACCGGGCAAAUUAAACUGACAGCUGAGCAUCAAAGCCCUCCCCUGAACUGCAGCACUAGGGCAGAGGGGCCACUGCUCCUGAAAUCUUGGACCCCUGUGGCCAAAAGUACCGCUCCCUGACAAGUCCUGCAGAGCUCUUCCUUGGAAAUGCUUGCCAACCUAAGUCCCAGACCCACGGGAAACUGCCACUUAACAGAAAAACAGAAGCCCUGUGACUAUGCACUGGACUGCUAGGAUCACCCAGAACUACUCCCUCCUUUUCCUGAGUGCCCAAUCAGAAUGGGGGGGGAUGCAGCAGAAAAUGCCAGAAAAAAAUCAAAACCAGCAAGAAGUCCCAACCCAAGGUGGAUCCGGCAUUACAAUGAUAUUCAACUGGUGUAACUGGUGUGCACCCGUACACCAACUACUGAUUAAGAUAUAACAGUUGGUAGAUAGCACUGGCCUGAGCCUCCUAGCACCCCUCCAUGGCCUCAGCUGCCCUGGUCCCUCCACUGUGACCACUACAUCUUCCACAGUCCAGUCAAAGGGGUGUGCAGGAGGCUGCGCCGGCACGUGGCCAUCGUCCACUCUAUUUAGAGAGAGUAACUUGCUCAAAGUCACACAGCUAGUAAGUGGCCUCACUGGGACUCACUGGGCCUCACUGUCUGUUAGGACCCAGGUCCUUAGCCAUUCUGCCGUCCAGCCCAGACAGCAUAGAGGUGACCGGAGAAGCUUCAUGACUAAGGAGCCUGCCCAACAGUCAACAUGCUGACCUCCCUCAUAUUAAAAUGCUAUGAUACAUGGGAGUGGGUACAUGUUUGGUGUAGUUUCCUAAAUAGCUAAGAGGAAUUUAAAUUAGAGCCAAACAUUUGUAGAACUCUCGAAGCACUCCAGACAUCCCCCCACCCCCAGUUCCCAGGAACCCAGCAUGAAGACCCUCGUAUCGGGCUAAUUCAAGGUUUGGCAAACUAUGGGCCAACCUAAUUCACCAUUUAUUCUUGUAAAAAAAAAAAAACUCUUAUUGGAACAUAGCCAUGCCUGUUGGUUCACAAGUGUCUACGGUUGGUUUUGCACACAACAGCAGAGUUGACUCGUUUCAACAGAGACCAAGGAGCUGGAAAUAUUUAUCUGACCCUGGGCUAAGGCAGACAUCCCCAGUCUGCCCCUUAGUGGGAGAAACUAGUUCACCUCCACCUAAGCAGAUGCUGGUUUCACUGCCAAAAGGGGCAGCAUGUGUGGGCUCCAUGCCCAUCAGUGGGCAUGAUUAGGGUUGCAGAAAAUUGCAGGCCCCAGCUAAGUACCUUGAUGCUGAACACAACAGACCCUUGGCAUUUGAGGAUUUUAGAUUUCAAGUUCUGACUAUUUUCAAGUCUCCCAUGGCCUGUUGUGAUUUGAAGUGUUGUUGACAUGUAAAUUCAACUUGAGCGUGCCCUCCUAAAUUGAUGGGCGAGGACCAGGGGGCGGGACCCCUGGCUAGGGCUGAGCCCAGAUGGCUGUCCAGCACCUGCCCAACAUGGCAUUGUUUUAAGUGUGCCAUUGCCCUCAAGCGACCUCUUGGGAAGUGACAAGUGCUGGUGAAUGGAUGGGUUUUGCUAAAUACUAGUUUUGGAUAAAGUGAAGCGCCCAGUGUUGGCUUCAACACUCAGAUCUGUCACCCAUAUGCCUUCUGUGGAAGUAAGAACAAGUUCCUCGCGAAGAAGGUUUCAACCAGGGCUUUAGCUGGCACGACGUUACUGAUCAAGCGAGAGAGAAAACUUCAGCGAAAGUCAGCACAGCAAUCCUCUUGUGCCAUGUGGGUGUGAGCCACACACACACCUACCCUCACCGUGAACUUGUGGAUCAUGAGAAAUCCAGGGCCCUGCAGGUUUAGGAAUUGACCUCGGUUGUAGGAUCCGCUGCAAGAACAGCAUGUAUGGAACUGGUCCCACCUUUAGAUGUCACUGUUCCAUCGUGAUACCCUUCUCCCAUAAGCCCAGACUUGGAAUCAGAAGCCUUCGCAACCCAGCCUUCCAGGAGUCCCCUACCAGGGAGCUGGAGUUGGCACACAAGAUGAAACCCGAUUUUGACAUCCCUGUUGGUGUUGGGCAUUGUUUUCCAGAGGGCAUGCAAGGCCCUGAAUGUUCGUUCUCUGAUGUCGUGGCACAACUCAGGACGCUGGGGUCUCACCUCACUUGGGCAGAACACAAAGAAGAAGGGGGAUGGCAUCCUGGGGCUGGCAGCUUUCCUGGACCCGGUGCUUGGGAGACUACUGGGUUUCACCAUUUUGAGGCAAAGUACAACACCCCCUCCGGCCAGUAGAUGGCACUACAGGCCAGCACUCCGCUGCAGGCCAGAGCUGGUGGUUUUAUUCACUGGUUGAUUUUCACUGUGUUACUUGGUGCUGUGCUAGACUCCUGCAGGAAUGGACUCAACAUUUCCUGUGUGACAAGCUGAUUGCUCUUACCAGUAACCACUGUGAUUGUGUGUAUGGACACAUUCAUCUGAGUGUGUGCCACAGGCUAAAAACUGGAUGCAUGUAUGUUUGUGUGGGUGUGUAAUGAAUCAGAUAUCUUGGCUGACAACUGUGUGUGUGUGUGUGUGUGUGUGUGUGUGUGUGUGUGUGUGUGUGUGUGUACAGUGGACAGGAUGGUUAUCUCUGUUAACUAAGGAUGCUGGCCCCCCAUAGUCAUGCCAGCCCUGUUUCCUGGGACUGUUUCUGGCCGUUCUCAUCAUCUCACGGGCAUUUGCGCAUGUGCAGCAUGGGGGCCACUUAUCUUUCUUUCCAGCUUCCAGACUCUGGCCAACAGAGUCUUGGAUCCUAACCCUUUGCCUCCCAGCCCUACACCCUGCAGCCGUGGGAAGAGAGUGGUAGAAUCUGCUAGGACACCCCUUUUGACCACAUUUGCCUCACCGGUUCUACUUGUUUCUCUUCUCCCCCUAAUAGUCCCAGGGUCAACAUGUGCAGUUGGGCAGAUUGUAUACUGCACAAAUACAGAUGGUGUCAUUCACACUAUGACAUGAGUGGAGCUUUCUAAACAGCUGCAAAACCUGCCAACCUCACACGGCUGUCCUGGUCAUCUCAUGGUCAUGGCCAGAAAAGCUACCUUCUUCCCUGCUUCCCUGGCCCAGCCUGCUCUCUAGUCUGGGAUUCUUUUCUCUGCUUGGGUGUUCUAGUCUGGUCCAGAGAUGACUAACCCUUGGCCUUGAUCAGGAAGUGUCUCCCCAAGCCUUUGGGAUUGAAGUGAUGAAAGUGAUGUAUGGGGGGCAAGUCUUCAGUUAUUCAUCUUCGUAGGAUUAGAGGCCCCUGUAAGACAAACGGAAGUUCUGCAGACUUGGGUACUGCCGCCCAUACUCCUGGCUUGUAGGUGAAAAUGCCUUCAUGGGUCCACUGUGAAGAUGGGUCUGCUGUGGAAAUCAGGGGAAAGAAAGACCUCAAGGCCAAGCUUGUAGCUACCACCAAGUAGAAAAUCAUGAGGUCACCACAGACUGGAUUCCUGGGCCUGGUCACAGGGCCUCCGCGGGCUGGGCAGGAAACCUAAAUGAGAGAAGAGAGGCAGGGUCUUUAGUGAAAUGGAGCGUGCACACGCUGCUGUCUGACACGCUGUGCCACAUGGGAAUGUGUACUGCUGUUGCCAGAUAGUCCCACCCCAUUUUUCAAGAGAAGCUAAAAAUCUGGACUUUUAAAUGUUGGCAGCACUCUUGAAUUUGGAAAGCAUUGCACAGGCCAAACAAAACACAUCUUGCAGGCUCACGCCAGCCCUGGAGUCUCCUGUCUGCCCCCUCUGGCCCAGGCCCAGUGAACUGGGUUCUUCAGAACCGGCUAACUGAGCAUGUAGGGGUAUUUCAGUCAGGCUCCCAGAGUUUAGGAUCUUCAAGAGACCUCAGAGAUAACCUAGUUCAUCCCUGUGUGUUUUAAAAGGUGUGCAUAUCAAGUUCUUUAUUAGCAUGUAUAUCUUUAGCUUCUGGUUUCUGCUUAAAAGCAUCUCAGCACCCCACCUCCCCCCAAGUAUAGAACAAGAUUUAAAGUGAAGCCUUAUACAUAGUGUGCUUGUAUCUACCUGACUGAAGCCCUAUUUAUAUCUUUAUAGGUCUAUUUAUAUCUUUUGCCAACAUGGGCUGCCCUGGUCUUCCUUACAACAUAACCUCCUUGGGUGGUUUUUUAUGGUAAAUCUCCUAAGUGCCUCCUUAAAUGGUGGGAGCAUGCGCUUCGUUAUCUAUGUGAGUCCCCUUGUCUGAGGAGGGGGUGGGACAGCUCAUACACUUUCAGCUCUGCCCCUCCUUGGUCUGCCAUCAGCCGCCCCCCCUCCUCCGCUCUGUCUGGCUCACAGGCUCACAGCAUUUACCCAGUCACGUGAUGCAGGUGUUGUGUGCGUGUCAAUGUAGUUCCUUCCCUCUUUCCUCAUGCUUGUCCUAUACCUAAAUUUUACAACAUGAGCUUCUGCCUCUUAAAAGCCAUUCAAAUAAAUAGAAGACUUUUAAAAUAAA